AUGCAGGACAAUGAGCUGUCUGGAGUUGUACCUAAUGGGCUGUGGAGUUUGGGAAAUCUCAGUCACCUUGAGCUCACCAACAACAGGCUCGAAGGGCCCAUUCCGCAGUCGGUCUCUGCAAUGAAAGCCCUGCAACAGUUGUCGAUAGCCGGAAAUAAAUUUUCCGGCCAGUUACCUGAAGGGAUUUGCGGUUUGCGGGGGCUAAUGAGGUUUUACUCCGGUGGCAAUGAGUUUUCGGGGGACUUGCCUCGGUGUAUUAGCCGAUUAGCAAAUCUAACCGAUCUUCACAUGCAGGGGAAUUAUUUUACUGGCGAAAUCCCGAGAAAUAUGGACGACAUGGUGGAACUAUCCCAGCUGGAUUUGUCGGGAAAUCGACUUUCCGGUCCUGUCCCGUCCGAGCUCGGGAAUUUGCCUCAGUUGACUUACAUGAACCUUUCGAACAAUAUGCUCUCGGGGGAGAUCCCGGGAGAUCUAGCUAAACUCAAGCUUAGCGUGUUUGAUCUCUCCAACAAUCGGCUUCAGGGAAGCAUCCCGACCCUUUUGGAUACCAACACUUUCUUGUCGGGCCUGACGGGAAACCCCGGUUUGUGUAGCUAUUAUACACUUAAUAAAGAUUUCAAUCCAUGCACAAGCCCGAAAAAACGUGCUCACAAAAGCUUCUUGCUAACCGGACUUCUAUCGGCAGCCUCGUUGAUACCCGUUGCUUUAGUCGUCUGGUUCGUGAUGAGGACAAAGAAUUGUUUCAAAUUUGGGCGAAAGGGUAACCAGACUUGGAAAAUCACAGCUUUUCAGAAGGUCGAUUUGGAUGAAGAGGACGUGCUGGCCUCACUCACAGCCGAGAAUGUAAUCGGGUCCGGAAGCUCAGGCUGUGUUUACCGAGUCGUGCUCAAGAGCGGCCAAACGGUGGCAGCAAAGAAGCUUUGGGAGGGAAACUUGGAAGAGCCGGAGCAGGCAUUUCGGGCAGAAAUGGAAACUAUGGGGAAUAUCAGACAUCUAAACAUAGUAAAGCUGUUGUUUAGCUGCAUUAGUGAAGAUUAUAGGAUAUUGGUGUACGAGUACAUGGAGAACGGGAGUUUGGCUGAUGUUCUGCAUGGGGAGGGCCGUGGGGCUCAGCUCGAUUGGCCUAAACGGUUUGCCAUUGCGCUCGGGACGGCCCAAGGGCUCGCGUAUUUGCACCACGACUGUGUGCCCGCGAUUCUUCAUAGGGAUUUGAAGUCCAACAACAUAUUGUUGGACGAGGAGUUUAGGCCGAAAGUGGCCGAUUUUGGGUUGGCUAAAGUGUUGAAGCGCAAAGUGGACGAAAGCGGUCAGACCAUGUCUCAUGUUGCUGGUUCUUAUGGAUAUAUUGCACCAGAGUAUGCCUACACAUUGAAAGUGACGGAGAAGAGCGACGUGUACAGCUUCGGAAUAGUUUUACUCGAAUUGCUUACGGGGAAGAGGCCGAACGACGAGUGUUUUGGUGAAAACGUGAGCAUCGUCAAGUGGGUAAAAGACAUCGCAUUGCCAUGUUUGAAACGUGGAGGAAUUACACGAGACCCGAGUGGCAACAGAUCAAACAUCGCGAGUUUGAACCGGGUGCUCGACACCCAGAUGAAUCCGGACACGAUCGAGUAUGAAGAGGUGAAGAAAGCUUUGAAUGUGGCUUUCUUAUGCACAACCCAGUUGCCUGAUAGAAGGCCGUCCAUGAGAAGAGUUGCGGAGCUGCUUAAGAAACGUUAG